AAGAAUCGGUUAUGGAGAGAUUCAGUAAUGGGUACUCCGGCGUAGAUGACAUGAAGGGUAACAUAGACAUUGAGGCCGGUGAUGGGAUGCUGUAUCCCGGAAUCAGUUAUGGCGAGAAUCAGCUCCGAUGGGGUUUCAUCCGCAAAGUUUACGGUAUUUUGGCCGCCCAGAUCCUCCUCACCACUCUCUGCUGUGACUGUUCUUUACGCCCCCAUCAAUGAUCUGCUCCGUGGAAUUCUGGCUUUAUGCUCUUCCUCUUCGUCACCCCCUUCUUCCGAAGAAUUGUGCUCGAAGCCUUAAUCUUGACAUCAGCCGUAGUUUCGCUCUGACUGGAUAUACUUUCUGGGAUUCUUGUUUGCUAGCCUUAUUAUGUUCUUCCCACUUGGAUUCUAUUGCCAUCUAUAAUGUAAUCAGUGCCAUAAUUUUCGCUGGGUACAUAGUUUAUGACACUGACAAUCUGAUCAAGCGCUUCACAUAUGACGAGUACAUAUGGGCAUCUGCCACUCUUUAUCUCGAUGUUCUCAACCUGUUUCAUACCAUUCUGCGGAUGAUUAGACAGGGAGACAACUAAGAUGAUAUGUUACCACCUGAACUGUGGUUCAUCGUAGAUGGUCUUAUAAUGUUUUGCUUUAUCGUUUAGUUACUGACCUAAAUGCAAAUUGUACGUUUCCGCGCUUGUGCAUAUAUUGCUACUUACAGGUUUUACAUUUAAGAAUUUAAUGUUCUUAUAAUAUGGAUAAUUGUAAUUUGCAAUUCUAAUGGAGUAUAAAUGAAUACUACUAUCAUUUCCUUCAAA